AUGAGGUUUAAUGCUUUCGAAUGUAUAUUUAUUUUACUUCUGCUCAAGAAUUUUGUGGUAUUUAGUAAAGAGACGAAAACUGUUGGAAACAGUAACAAUGAGACAAUAGAAGAGUACAUUAAAACGUCUCUGGAAAACGCGGAGAAAAGAAUAAAAGGAUACUUGAGGUCGCUUAAUAAAGCAACCAUUCCUUACAUGUUGAGAAUUGCAGAAGAAGUGAAAAUAUCUACAUCUUGUCAAACUUCUGGAAUUCGAUUUCUAAAAGAUUUAAUGCAGUUAAAACCGUGGACUUUAAAGAUGUUGGAUGCUUUCGGAAAACCUUCUGCGGGUGCUUUGAGAGGUAGCAAUUGGAUACGAGGAGAUUACGAUCAGUGUUUAUUGAUUGACAGUACAGAAGACAAAGAAACAACAAUUAAAAAUUCGAAAAAUAUUCGAGGAAAAUUCUGUUAUAUUGGUGUCAAUGGCGAAAGUAUGUACCCUAAAGUUGCACAGAUUGUCGAACAAAAGAAUAAUUCAAUUAUAAAACUGAUUCAACACUUCAUUGAGCCGCUUAAACUUUCUCAUAUAAAAUUAUUAUUCGAGACGGACAUACAAUUCUGGAUAGAUGUUUGCAUACCAAGUACUUGUUCUAAAGAUGACUUGCAAAAUAUUCUUGCAUGGGCAACUGGAGAUAAUUCAAUGCUAUGUGUUAAAGGAUGUAAAGAGCGAAAUGAAGAAAGGAUUUAUUCAACCUCACAAAUAAUUUGCUUGUACGAUCCACCUCCUCCUCCUCCUGAGUAA